AUGUCCAUCCUGGACCAUGACCAGCUGACAUCCUACCCUCUUCCCGACGGAGUGAAUAUUUCCAAGGAAGCGCGGAGCGCGAUAUCCCGAGCGGCGAGCGUGUUUGUGCUCUACGCGACCUCGUGUGCCAAUAACUUUGCGAUGAAGGGGAAGAGGAAAACGCUAAAUGCUGGUGACGUGCUCUCUGCCAUGGAGGAAAUGGAGUUUCAGCGAUUUGUAGCCCCUUUGAAAGAAUCACUGGAAGCUUACAGGCGUGAACAGAAAGGAAAGAAAGAAGCAAGGAAAGACAAAGACAAAAAGGCAGACUCGGAGGAGCAAGACAAGAGCCGAGAGGAAGAGAAUGAGGACGACGACGAAAGAAUGGAGGAAGAGGAGCAAAAUGAGGAGGAAGAGGUGGACAACUGAGCUUUUGGAUGAGAUGCGUGCGGGAGUUUGGCCCUUUUCAUCAGGAUAUAAAUGCUGUAAAUCUGUCUUGGUCUGUCCCCUCCUGGUUUCCAGUAGAGCUUUGUACGGUUCCUCUGGGACCAUCCCUUUGGCUUUUACUUGUUUAGAAAGGACUUCUCCUGCAGCUUUUCUGGUGGAAGGACCACCUCCUCCCAGCGCACUGGGAACUUGGCACUCUCCAGAUUCUGACCAAACAGUAGUUCCUGGCUAAAAAGACUGUGCUUUUUUUAUGCUGGAUUGGCUCUGAAAUACACGAAAAAGGAAUGUCAGAUUCUCAGUAUGGCAACUGGUCAGGAGAAUGUGAGGGAACUGAAUAAGCCUGUCGAAUAGGCUUGUCAAACCAAGCCAGAAAACAGGUCAUAACUCGGCUUUACAAACUACAUGAUGAUGCUGAGAGAGACCCCAUCACCUCUGAGAGGCUCAUCUUCUAAGGUUUUAUAUAAGUGGCUUCAUUUUCCCUUCAUUUUCUUGCAUUCUGACUGUGCCUUGUCUUUGCUGUGACACUGAUAAUGUGUUUUACAAUGUACAAGUUGUAUGCAGUGAUGCAGUGCAACUGUACAGGGACCAGUGGUCCACGGAACUGACGUUCUGUCCAGAGAAUCAAUCCAAAGCAAAAGAACUUCAUUGCAACCGUAAUGGAAACUAAACAUCCCAAAGUGCUUGUUUUAUGUCUUUAAAAGCCCCUGGGAGACCAAGAGCCAUUUUAUUAAAAAAAUCCGAAGCAAAACUAAGAGCUAAGAUGUGUCCUGUAUCAGCAAGGGUGCGAGGUUGAACCUAGGGGUAAGUUUGCUGCAGGUCAGCAGUGGGCAUGGAUGGAUCUCGUGGUCUCUCUCUCACCUUCUGCAGUUGCUUCUGCAGAGAGGUUGGUGAUUGCAGCAAGUUUACACAUGGUAAUAGUCGACCGGUUGGGGUUUUCCUGUGGGUUUUGUUUCUUUGAAGGGUGCGAGCUAUCCGCAGCAAUUCCCAAGGCGCAGUCUGCCCCCGGCGUGGGGGGCUGCAGCGACGACAGAGGACAGAACGCUCCUCCUCGGGAGGCUGCCCGCACCCAGGGGUUUCAAACGCUCCCAGGGAAAGAUGGGGCACCUGCUGGCCCCGUUCUAGCAGGGGUUUGUAUUUCCAGCAUUCCUGUAGUUUUGUUCUGUCGUACUUGAAUUCUUGGCUUUAACACCUUUAUCUUCCCUUCUGUGGGAACGCAUCUAUUCAACUAAGCCCCUUCUGCAGGGAGGGAAAGUUUUAUUACUUGACUGAUCAUGUCAAGGCUAAUAUACCUAAUAUUUGGACUUAAAUGUGCUCUGCUGAAGGAAACCUUAGGAAAAAUUUAAGCACAUUUAA